GAAGGUUGAAGUACUAACGCUGACUUUUGGGAACUAUUUUAUCUGAACAUAUUGGACUCGUAUAUCUGUAAUGGAUGUAUUGGGACGAUGGAAAUAUCGAGACUCUUUAUGCUGACCAUGAAAUCAAUAGUAGAGACUGGAUCUGUCAUCGACCGCUGAGUGCUGCUUCUGCUUCUGCUUCCUACUGUACACUGCAAUACUUCAGCUAAUAUGACACGACAUUUGGAGCAGGUGACAGAUUUCGGGGAUUUUACUAAAGGUAAAGAUCUGAAAGAGUUUUUAAAAAGAUCUUCCCACAAGGAUCCUUCAAAAAACUGCUUGUCUGAUGUCCGGAUCAGUCCAGAUGGACGACAUCUCCAUGUUAUCCUGCAUUCUCCCAAACCUGGUCUCAUGACCUAUGAUAAAUAUCACAGACCCCACCUUGUACAGUCCAAGGAGCAACUGGAUUUAAUGCUGACCAGAAACGUCCCAAUAGUUGAACUCAUUUAUUUCAAUCAAAAUGCCACAGAAUACGGUGACCUCCUGCUUGGAAUAAUAUUUGAGAAUGGCAAAACUGAAAUCUGGAAGUUUUCUGAAAGGAAAUCUGGAUGGAACCUGAUUCAGACUGUGGAUCUGUGUAACAGUGCAAGAGCUAAAAUAGUCUCAGUGUGUAUCAUUGAAAAUGUUAUUGUAUGGUGUGAGGAAAGGCCUCCUUCAGAAAGCUCCUCAUCCUACAAUGUGGCUCGGAGCAUUUUCAGAUACUGCAUCUGUAAAAGGACUUUUCAUGCAGAUGACGGGGGGAUCAGUUUCGGUGGAGUAAAAAUCGCAUUGCAUAACAAUCCUCGAUACAAGGUGAUUGGUGCAGGGGAUCUUAUUUAUCUAUUGCCUGAUACAAACAAUGACUCUUGCGUCAGUGUUUCAAAACUGUUUUUAUCAUGGUCCCCUCAGCACGACAUAUAUAAAGUCCACAGUACCAGCCAUGGAACCCUGCUUAUCAGAAAUACCACAGCAAAUAAGGAACUAGACUUUAAAAGACUGGUUACUGAUUGCAUUGGAUUUCUUUUCACCACCACGCCUCAUGAUCUCUAUGGAUUUUGCCCAGAAAGACGUGGAAGUCUGUUGCUUCUUCUCAGCUCUGGAUGGAUUUGUCGCAUACAAAAGGAUGGCGUUCUGCACCAGAUUUAUAAACUGCCCGAUAACAUCCUCACUACCUAUGGGAUUCAGAACAGCCUCAACAUUUAUGGUGAUGUAAUUGCACUAACACUUGGCAGAAUUUUAUUUUUGAUUGAUGUCAAUUGUGGCAUCGAGUUGGAAAGAAUUGCUCUAAAAUCAGAGGGCCUUCUCUUUGUAAACUGUGCAGAGUCUCAUUUCCCACAAAUGCUUACAGAUGACGGGAUAUUUCUGGUCGUUGAGAAGGAACUUGAACCUAAAUUCAAGCCACAUAAUAUCAACUCAAGUGCGCUGUUGGUUGAAGCUGUGUUUGAGGAGGCAUGUAAGUAUUACCAACAAAGGAGUCUUAGCUCAACACAGCUAACAGUUGAGAAACUGAAAAAGGGUGGGAUGUUUCAGGCACCCAUCUCACUGGCAGCCAUCAUCAGGGAUUAUUUGGCCAACCAUAUACUGAAAACCACAGAGAAGCACUAUUUAGAAAAUGAGAAGCUUUUAAUCUGUCUUGACUCUGAGCUCAAGAGUCUUGUCUCUAUGGAGGACACUAAAACAGCAAUGGUGAAGGCCUCAAAAACAGAUUUACAGAGUUACACGGAGACACUAAUUCAACAGGAACUCUGCAGGCUUUUCAGCUCUGAAAUUGAUCAGGAAAACCUGCAAUAUUUAAAUAGUAUCUUUCAGCUAUUCCCCAAUGAGACCUGGCAAGCUGUGCAAGCAGUGCUUCAACUCAGAUGCAAUGGAGAAGGCUCAUUAUCAAGCAAAGCUCCUUCUGAAUUAUGGAAGAUCAUCCUAAGUCCUGUGCAAACAGUGUCCAACUACUGCAACAGUCAGCAGAAACUUUUGCCAGCUAAUGGUGCACUACCCAUCUUUGAGUUGCUGUGUCAAUCCAUCAUUAAAUUCCAGCCUACCUGGCUUCCAAGGUUUCUUGACCUGGCACAGCAGCAGUCGAUCUCCUCAUCCGUGUCCUCAUGGAGUUAUGGGGUCAAAGAGGGCUUGGAGAGCGUACCCCUGUAUAAGAGGGCACUCACCAUCCUUCCUUGUAAAGGUGCCUACCAGGACUUGGAGGUGGAACUGCUUUUGUGCAGCCAGCGCCCUAAUGCGGUAAUGCAAGCUCUUCACAUGCUUAUAGGGCUUAGCUCUUGGGAGCGGGUUAUACACGUCGCGAAGAGGUUCUGCCGUCAAAGCCCCCUUCUUAAUAAAGAGAUUUUUACCACCUUGCUAAGUGAGGUGCCACAACACAGAGACCUUGACCCCUUCCUGGAUGUACUAUGGGCGCUUUGUCCAGAAGACAUGACGGUUACAGAAAUUCUGAACAUUGUGCUGCAAAAAAUGCCAUCCACAGUGCAGUCCUCAGCCCCAUUUCAGAGACAUUUACAUGACAGCCAGCUUACUAUUGGGCUCUUAAAGCCUCUGCUUAGUAAAGUUCUUCAGCGGGAGAGAAGAUCCAGUCAUAGGUAUGCUGACAUCCUGCAGUCGCCCACCCUUCCUCCCCCUACUCCUCCUCGCCAGGUCCAAGAGCUGACCCAGGUCAACACAGGGUUCGACAUUGAUCUUAAGGAGAAAACUCCCUUUGGAGCUCAAGUCAACCCUGUCUGACAUUCCCAGACACAAAUCAUUACACUAUUUUCACUCUGACUGUGGUAUUUGCACAGGACAGACCACAACUGUCUGAUUUACUGUUGUUGCAAUCUUUGGUAACGGACUGUCCAAAGUUAGAUAGCAGGGUCCUUUUUCUGACUUUAAGUGUUGAUUGUUUUAUAUUAAAUUGAGGUUAAGUAUUGGAUAAAAACUACUAUAAACACAGAAUGUUUUUACUAUUUUUGAAUUGUUUUAUUAAGAGUUUAAAUUCUUAAAAUUUUAGUAUUUUUGUUUUGCAUUUUACCUUUAUGUUUGAAUGUCCAUAUUUCAUUUCUUUUUUAAUCUAACUGUGCUUAAACAAAAACACAGGGUGUGUUCGAAAACCUAGGGAUCUGCCUUAGACAGUGAUAACAUUGGGUUUUGCUUACUAAGCUAACACAGUUAGCAUCAUGCCAUUCAAACCAAUGGGAUGAGGUGGCACAACACGCUAGCAUGUCAAAUAACUUCUCCCGCCGUGUACCGAAAAUGGAUAAACUGUCUCUGACAAGCCCAAACUUAAAUAAAUGACACUUGAGUCAAAAUACUGUUGAAAUUUUAAGAUACCUUAGUUGUUUGUUUGUUACAUUCAUGUUUCUCAUCACACAAGGUUCAUCAGUUCACAAGGUUAUAUCAAACACAGUCAUGGUCAAUUUUUAGUGUCUCCAAUUCACCUCACUUGCACGUCUUUGGACUGUGGGAGGAAACUGGAGCACCCGGAGGAAACCCACGCAGACACGGUGAGAACAUGCAAACUCCACACAGAAAGGACCCGGACCGCCCCACUUGGGGAUCGAACCCAGGACCUUCUUGCUGUGAGGCGACAGUGCUACCCACUAAGAUACCUUAGUAGACAGCAUAUUAAGGCAUCUAGGAUUUCGAACAGCCUCCUUCUCGGGAGCAAGCGUAGGAUGACGUAAAAUGCUGUCUAUGUAGAGAGCUCAGUAGGUUUUCGAAUACACCCACAGUGUUUAAAAUGACAUAGUUGUAUCUGUGCAUGGUACACACUGUACCAACAUUAACUGUACACUGCAUACUAUUCCUGAUAGCAUGUACUACAGUAGUCAUGUGACCACCAGGCAGGUAAUUUUAAUAUAAAUUAUUUAAAAUAACUUAAGUGUGUUUUUUUAUUAUUAUUUUGACAUAGGGUUCUGUGUGUUUCAAAUUUGUUGGCUAGAUUUUCCAGUCACUUUUUGUUAAAUCUACAUUCAUUGUAUCCAGACCUUGUACAGACGUAGUUAAUGUUAACUGCUGUGUGAUGCAUGUCUUGGCAUUUUGUGUAAGUUAUUAAGUGUCUCAUUGUAAUUGUUUUCAAAAUUGAAAUUAUGUAUUCACAUUAAAAAACUAUUAACACUGGAGUAGAACUGAGCUGGGGCUUCUCCAUAAUCAUUCUAAUGGUUUGGGAGUUGAUAUAACAGGUGUAUUUUUUUACAUAUGCAUGUGUAAAGCAUUUAACAGUUAGCUUGGUAAUUACAUAGGAAUGUAGACACCAAUUAAAUGUUCAUUCAUUUAUUAGUUUGUUCAUUCAUUUAUUCAUUCACUGUCUGUUUUACCUGGUCUGGGUCACGUUAGGUCUGAUUUAUUGGGCGAAAGUCAGGAAACACCCCGGACUGGUCACCAGUCCAUUAUAGGACAAACACACAUACAAUUAGGGCAGUUUUAGUAGCUUAACUGCAUGUCUUUGGACUUGUGGGAGAAACCAAAGAUCCCGGAGGAAACCCACACUGACAGAUUCCAUAGAGAAAGGACCCACUGCGCUACCAUGCAGCCUAUUACAAUGUUGAUUGCUUUUAAAAAGGUUUUAUUGUCAUAUCCUGAGAAAUAUAAAUAUAUGAAAUAGUAAUAUUUGUGAUGACGCUAUAAGACAAUGGAACAUAAUAACAUAUUUUUACAUAGGAUUAUAUACAGUAUAUAAGUCUUGUCAGCCCCUCCAUGUUCUACAUCCACUUAUUAUUUAGAGAUCUAUUCAGCUGGCUUUGCUUUGUUACCAUUUUUAAAUUGAAUAUUUGCUAUUAUAUAUGAUCACAUGUAUUAACAUGAAAUUACUUACAGAUUCUGCA